CAUCCACAACUCUGAUCACUGGCCUGACUGAAGAAUCAGACAUGAAGACCUACUGCACUGUGGUCAUCGCUCUUCUCCUCUUCGCCUUCUGCUCUCAGACACUCACUGAAACCAGUCAUGAACCAAAUAAGUGCUGCUUCAGCUAUUUCAAAUCAAGAAUCCCUGAACGUGUAGUUAAGAACUUUGAGUUGACCAUCUCUACAUGCAAGAUCCCAGGUGUCAUAUUGCACACAAACAAGAAGCUGGAGAUCUGUGCAAACCCCACUCAGCUGUGGGUUCAGAAGCUAAUGAACGUCAUAAAGACUCGCAUGCAGAGUGUUCCUGUAACUACUGCUUCUUCUGGAGACAUUACACCUUAAGCUCCCUGAAUCUGAGAUGAAAACCAUAUAAGCUAUUCCACCCUUUCUUUUAAGCUGCCUCCUCAUUGCCAUCUUAACUAAAAAUGUAAUUCACAUUUUGAUUAUUCUAAACUUAUUGGAUUUAAAAUAUUAUAAAUUA